ACUUUCGAAAACUGUCACUGUCAUCUGUUUUUGAAGUGUUUGCAAAUUUCCUAGCAGUAGGAAUUAUGCCGAUUUCUAUUUUGUAGUGCAGUAAAGCCAACAAGUCUCUCUCGUAAUUUUGUUCCAACUUCUAAUUUUAAUUAACAAUUAUCAUGUGGUUUUUGUAUUUAUUAAGUUAUGUGGCAUUUUUUGUACAAAUUUUAUUCAUUGUCAUAUCCAUAGCCGCUGGACUUUACUACCUUGCGGAAAUUGUAGAAGAGUACACUGUAGCUUCAAAGAAGGUUAUAUGGUGGAUGUCAGUGAUUUCCUUAGUUAUUUAUGUAUGUUUUAUACUUUUUGAAGAAUUUCCAAUUUCUAUGAAUGCCUGUGGAAUACUGGCACAUCUCACUCAUCUCCUUAUACUGAAUUCUUUCCCUGUUGUGGUCCUGAGUUCCCCUCAAUUUUUAUUAGCGAUAAUAAUGCUGGUAGUGAAUCACUACUUAGCUUUUAGCUAUUUUGGAAGUGUCUACCAUCCUUUCUCUGAGGUGAUAGGGUAUUUCACCCUUUGUCUCUGGCUAGUCCCAUUUGCCCUUUUUGUAUCAUUAUCUGCCAAUGAAAACGUACUCCCGACGCAUUCAGAAACAACACCCCUUUUAAAUAAUGAUGUUGUCAGUAAUUAUUUCUCAAGAAGAGGAAAGAAAUAUGGCUUGCUUAGCUUUUUCAAUUAUGCAAAGGAAUCCAUCCUUCCACAAAGAAACAAAAAGGUCUUUUAGACUCCUGCUCUUUGUAAAACUUAAACCAUUUUAUAGCUGCUUUGUAACUCUUUAUCUUCCUUGAAGAACAUACCUAAGGUACAUCUCCAGAAGUUCUUGACUGAUGACAGUAAGAGCUGAUUUUUUUUUCGAGUGUUUGAGGAGUGUUCUAUCCAUCUCCUGAAGAGAUGCCGUGUUUCUGUGAUAACAGAGGCUACUUUUGGGUCCUCAUUUUAUUUGUCUGUAUUUAUUGUAAUACAAUUGUGAUAGAAUAACUUGGGCUUAAAAAUUCAUCUUAUCUCUAUUGUUGUCGUUGUCACUGCUUUUUGCUUAGUCUUUUCAUUAACAACCAAUCAAAAGGUAAAAUAUGUCCCAUUGCAUUGUGCCCCUCUUUAGAUCAUAGUACCGCGGGUAACGUUCAGCUCUAUUUAUUUUCAUAAUGACUAAUUUAUUUUUCCUUUUGGAAAAUAAGGGGGUGGAGUGUGAGUACACUAUUAAGUGUGAAUGCUGACCGUGUUUUAUUUUCUUGCAAUAAAAGGAAAACUCA